AUGACCAAACCCAAAUAUCUAAGUGUAUUCGAUAAUCAGUUGUCUGGACCUUUGCCUAUGGAGAUCAACAACUUCACUGGACUGACUUAUCUCCAAUUAGGAAAUAAUAGCUUCGUCGGUUAUGUACCCCCAAACAUAUGCAAAGGUGGAGCUCUAAAGUACCUCACUCUUUACAUGAGCAACUUCCAAGGUCCCAUUCUCAUGACCUUGAAAAACUGUACGACACUAGAAAGGUUUAAUUCCAACAAUAACAACAUCACCGGAGUCAUACCCACCGAGUUUGGACAGUUGACGAAACUGGGAGAGCUGGACCUCUCUUCCAACUACCUACAAGGAGAGAUCCCAAAGAGCUUCGGCAGCUUAACCCUUCUCUACAAUCUGAGCUUGGGCAACAACCAACUCGUCGGCCAUGUCCCUCUGGAGUUUGGAAUGCUGUCCAAUCUUGAACUGCUUGAUCUCUCAUCCAACAACUUGGCAGGAAGAAUCCCAGAUCAAUUAGGCAACUGCAUGAAACUCCGAUUGUUGAAGCUUAACAACAACAACUUCAGUGGAACCAUUCCUUUGGCCAUUGGUAAUCUGGUGUACCUUCAAGACACCUUUGACAUCAGCCACAACUCACUAACAGGGGAGGUUCCAUCCCAACUCAGCAAAUUGGUGGUGCUGCAAAGCCUGAAUCUAUCGCAUAGUUACUUGUCGGGUCAUCUUCCAUCUUCGCUAACGUAUAUGACGAGCUUGUCUACCGUAGAUGUAUCCUACAAUGAACUGGACGGCCCUGUUCCUGAUAGCCCAGCUUUCCGAAGAGCCCCGGCAGAGUGGUUUGCCCAUAACAAUGAUCUGUGUGGAGUUGUUCGAGGAUUGCCUCCAUGUGUUUCACUCGGUACUCCAACAACAGACGACCGAAGCAAGCGUCACAAAAAUGUUAUAGUAGCCAUCAUUGCUUCUGUGGUCUUCUUCCUUCUCUUGUUUAUAUUCAUUGGAGCAUUCCGCAAGAGAGAAAAAGAUACAGUACCUGUUGAUAAUAAUCACAUCAAAGAAGGUGCAUUCUGUAUAUUGAAUUUUGUUGGAAGAGACGUAUACAAGGACAUCAUCGAAGCCACCGAAGAUUUCGAUGCCAAGUACUGUAUCGGAAGCGGUGCAUACGGCAGUGUCUACAUAGCAGAGUUAGCAAGUGGGGAACUGCUAGCGGUGAAGAAGAUUCACCUACCAGACACUGAAGGUACAUGCGACGAGCAACCCUUUCAAACUGAGAUACAAACUCUUACUCAAAUUCGACAUCGCCAUAUCGUCAAGCUUUACGGGUUCUGCUCCUCUCCCCGACGCAAAUUUCUGGUGUACGAGUACAUGGAGAGAGGAAGUCUGGGAUCUGUCCCCGAAGCGAGACUGCAGCUGAAUUGGACUGGGUGA